GUAGUUUUGAAGGGGGCAUAUCUGCAAAAAAACAAAUUUCGAAGGAGGCCUAAUCUGCAAAAAACAAAUCUUUUCCAAAAGCCCCUUUCCAAAACGACGUAGUUCGGAAGGGGGCAUAUCUGCAAAAAAAACUUACCCCUCAAACCCUAUCCCCCCAUCCCCUCCCGUCGUCCAUUAAUCCUAAAUUGCCCAAAUUUGGUUCUCCUCCUCCCCAAUUGCCGCCGAUUUCCUCCUCAAAUCCGCCCCCAACCCCUCCUGUCUUCCCUGAACCCUAAAUUACCCAAAAUAUGGUUCUCUCCCUACCCAACUCAAACCAUGGCCGCCGAUUUCCUCCCCAAAUCAGACCAUGGCCGCCGAAUAUUCCAGAAGAUGACGCCUUGCCAAAUUUGUUCCUUGCCUUCAACAGUCCGAAACCCAACGGGAAUCAAAAGAGACAACCCCAUAAUCACUAUUCCUCCCGAACAGCUUCACACAACAACGUCAAGCAAUUCAAUUCUAUUACUGCAUCAAGAGGCUCAACUUCGUGAAGACUGUGCGGAGUGUGGCUUAGCGUGGCAUAGUGGUGCAAGAUUCAGCUGAUGACAUUCGACAACAGGUAUUCUUGGCUUCGAUGUGUGUUGUUUCUGUUUUUGUGUCCUGGUUAAUAAUAUAAUAAUGGAAUGUUAUAAGCAUACAAAUUUGGCUCCAAGAAAAGCAAAAAAGAAUCUGUCGACAAACAUGCGUUUCCAGAAUUAUACCUUCAAAUUCGUUCGAUACAGGUAAGUUCCUUGCUGCGUUGUUCGAUUUUAUUUCUGGCCAUGAGAAGAAAAUAAGAAGCAGGCUGUUGAUUGAGCUGUUUGUUUGGUGAAGGAAACAGAAAAAUUCAUUCGCUUUUUGUUUGGUGUUGCUCCACACGCAGAAUCCCUUUGUUUGGUGUUGAUAUGAUUAUAAUCUUCCUUGAGUUCCUUGCUAAAUUUGGCUUUGAAGGCCUCUUAUUCCAGGUUGGUGUUUUUCCUUUUUAUUUAUGCUUCUUUGUAUACAUCUUCGUUAGAUAAAUGAUAACAUUAACAUGUGAGAUAAAGAAUGAGUCCAUGCUUGUUUGAAUUCGGGAUAAUUAUACCCUUUGUGCCGCACCUUGUGCAGCUCCUUUUAUUUUGGUUUUCUGUUGUUUCGUUCAUUGAAAUUCAGGGUUUUUGUUGUCCUAAUUAUUUUUUCAAUCUCUUCGUAAUAAUAGGAUGAUGCCUGGUGAAGAAAAGUUUAGAUUAAUAAGAAGCAUUGGAAAAGAGUGCAUUCAAGAAGAUUGAAGGUAAUUAACAAGUUCAAUUACUGAUUCCGAUAGAAAUCAGGUUGUUUUAUCUAUUGUUUAGAUACAGAUAGAUAUAUUAUGUUGAGAGAUUCGCCUUAAAAGUUCAAACCUAACCAGAACUUUUUGCAAAAUGUUAACUGUUUAUACGUUCUUGCAUUUGUUCUUUUUCCGUGUUGUCGGUGCAGCCUUUUGAUAUAUAAUUGGGUGAGGAUUUUUAGUGGGUUAUGCAGUUUAGCUUGAUAAUUUGUCAACAUUACUGCCUAAUUAUAGUUUUUCAGCCAAUGGUGUGUGUUUCUAUUGAUUUUUAGUGUAUGUUGGUGUGUGUAUAUUUGAUUUCCUGCUAAAGACAACAAUUCCCUUAGCUUAAGAAAACUUGUGGAACGGAGUCAUGGAAUCUCCCAGUUCCUUUUCACCAAAUUUUUAGACAAGAAAACUCACGUAACCAAUUUCUUGUUUGACAACCUUUUCAGUUUCCAUGAGAAAAGGCCUUUUGGUGCUGUUCUGAUUAGAGAAAAGAUACUGCCCCACCGUACACGGCCAAUGACAGGAUUGUUGCUGUUUACUGGGCUGAAUGUUGUUUUGGUCUCUACAAUAAUCCCAAUUUAUGAUUUUGCGUAUUUACAUCCAUACUGGGAACGAAGGGCUGAAUGUUGUGUUGAUGCAUUUUUCCUAUUUCAAUUGGCUAACGCAGCUUAGAUGGAGGUGCAGCGGUUCCUGAUGUAUCGGAACGAGGUAUUGUCGACAGACCCGCCAAUCCAAUGGUGACGCCUCUGCUUACAGAUCUCUAUCAAUUUACCAUGGCCUAUGCUUGUUGGUUAAUUGUUAGGGGAGAUUUAUGUUUUCCUGAUCAAGUAUUUCAUGCCCUGUUUACAUGUUAAUUUUUUCUUUCAAAUGAGUUGGAUCCUUAUGGUACUCAUGUUGGCUUUUGAUAGAUUUUCGUACUUUAUGCUCUUUGAACUUCUGCACGUGUUUGGGUAGAUGUGGUACUUGAGUUGGUUCUUUUUUUAACCAUUAUUGAUCUUACUUCUGUAGGAUUAUGUGUUAUCCUUUUGUAUCUGUUUGAACAUCAUUUCUCUUUCAUGUUGUAAACUUGGCUCUGCUGCUCUGCCCCAAACCUUUGCUAUGAUAAUAAGUGCUGAUGACCUUUUAAUGUUCUACAUGCUUAAUGUCUCUUGCAGUGGUUUGCUGGUGCCACGCUUAUUGUUGUUGGUGUCAUAUUCUUGAGUAAGUCUAGCAAAGCGCAGAACACACAUUCAGAUUAGAAAUCAUCUGGGAAAAAAAUACAGCUCUUGCAUUUCACAGAUGAUAUAUUCAAUGAGGUUUAACAGUCGGAAGUGAUGGUAGUUUUGAUCUCCAUGCAAGACUCGAUACCAAAAUAAAGGAACCUCCAGUCAUUCAUAACCUGCAUGGCCUUGCCAUAUCGUCAAACCAUUCAGCCUCUUUUCUCUGCAUUGUUCUCUGCAAGGUAUCAGUUUUUAAGACAUGCAGAUAGUUUAUCACCCACCCACAACCCCCGUUGUUUUCCUCUCAUAGGUUUAGGUGUGUACAAAUGCUUCAUCUAUGUGAAUGUCUCGCAAAGGUGUUUUUGCGUUUGCCAUUUUAGUUUUAGUACAUCGUUGACAAUUGGAAAAGUCGAUAUAAUAGAAGAUCUUUUGUAAAGGCAGAACCGAAUUCUGUACUCCAAUGAAAUUUACCUUCGUUUUUUUUUUUUUUUGGCUUGAGUAAGGGUGGUACUCUAUUAGUUAAGGUAAAUCAAAUUUUUUGUACCAAC